CGCUCCUUUAUAGGAACACACCCAUAUGAAGUUUUCAUGUUUUUAACAUCUGUCACAUGCUUGUAAAUCCAUACUGAGGGAGGAUUUUCCUCUUUCUGAGAGUUUUGGCACGUGUUUCACCACAGCAGGCACUGCCUGGGAGUGGCUGGUCUCCUCGGGGUGAUGGAGAGCCAGACCUGGCCCCUGGACCUUGGUUUUGAGUGGACAUUUCACAUUUUUUCUUUUAUUUCCAGAGAGCCACAGGCUUGUGAGCACAUGAACGUGGUGACCUGGGCAACUGUCCAGCCUGGCAUCAGACUUAGGAGCUUGCUCUUUCACCCCUUGGAAAUGUUAAUUAGCUGUGGCCUUACAAAAUUCUUAAUAGAGGUCAGAGGGUGAAAACUUGGAGAGCAGCAGAGACUUGCUCUCAUCCUUCUUUUUGGCUUGAUUCUGUCAUGCUCUUAAAGGUUUGAGAGCCACAAAUGUCCUACCGUAAGCAAUGUGAAUUUUGUAUCCACCUCAACUUUUCUCCUGUCCACCACCUGUAGGUCAAGUGAAAAAUAUGAUUAUUUUGUUUAAUGCAAACAAAUGUAUGCCCAGGAUGGAGCUGGACCAAAAAGUCACCUUAUAUAUAAAUAUAUAUAAAUAUAUAUAUGUGAUUUAUUUAACACAGUGUGGUGUAAAAUGUGUAUUGGAAAAAGCAUCAUUUUAGAGAAAUACCUCAAAGACUUGCCCUCAAAAAUACUUAAACUCAUGGUGUAUUUCAUGUGCAAAUGGCUGAACUGUUCCUGCUCUGUGGAGCACUGGGCUGAUAGUCUGGAUCUCCAUCUUGGGGUCUCUAUUUACCAGUGCUCCUUUAUUUUUAUUUAUUUGCAAUUUCUUGGGAAUAUUUCUUUGCUGAUUUUUGUGAGGGAGGGAGAAGACACAUGAGUAACUGGUAGGAACUGCUGGAAGUUCCUAAACUUGUCUAAACUUGUCUAAAGUUGUAGACAACUGUAAAGAUAAAUUUCACACGCAAAGGAAAGAUCAAGUAGGGAGAGCAACAUUUUUAUGUCUGUUUUCCUUGCCCAGCAAUAAAUGUUUUAACAGAUGCUCAUGACCUCAUUAAUUUUUGUAAAGUCAGGAAAAAAGAGAAUGAGAUACUGAGGGAAUUUCCUCUAGAGCUUUAUUGUUUGGUCUAGAAGCAAUUAAACAGGUGCAGAGAUGUUUCCAAGUGACAGCAAUCUCCUGGUCUGGCCGUUAGCAGACUUUGCUUCCUUGAUUGUGAUUUAAUUUAUGGAUUCAAUUAAAAUAUCAGCAUUUUUAUUGAUAAAUAAAAGCGUUGAAGGAAGCUGCUGGUUACAGAGAUUUGUGCUCCAUGUUGCUCCCCUCGCCCCUUUCCUGCUCAGCUCUAGGAGCAGAGCUGGCUCUUUAGGAAAUGGUCCUCCCAGUUUUCUCCACUUGCCUUCAGGUCCAGCAUCAGCUUGGAUUUAAAAGUUUAAAAAAUGGAGAAAUGCUCCAAUUCGAGUCAGAGCGAGGAAAUUCACUUGGCUGUCUCUAAAUGAAUCCAAGUGCAGAGCAAAUUAGUUCCAUCCAAAGGAAGGAAUGUGGUGCAGAGCCGAGGAAGGAUGAGGGAGCAUUCCCCCUUGGACAGCCCUAGCCCACCCAACCCUCUGCUCCCAGCGCUGAUUGAGGAGCUGGAGUGUGCUAGAGCCUGUUACCAAACAAACUCCUCACACAAAUUAGAUUUUGGGGAGGAAUCCUUCCCCGUGAGGGUGGGCAGGCCCUGGCACAGGUGCCCAGAGCAGCUGUGGCUGCCCCUGGAUCCCUGGCCGUGUCCAAGGCCAGCUUGGAGCAGCCUGGGAGGGUGGAAGGUGUCCCUGGCCAGGGCUCCUGGGCACAGAUGCUGCCAGCAAAGCACCUGCUUUUCAGCUCCCCAUGUCUGUGAGACUGGGCCCACUGAAGUCACAGAUGUCACUGAGUAUGUCCCUCUUCCUCAGAGCCAUGCCUGGAAUGGGGCAGCUCGGGUGAUGACAGCAGUCACCAGGAAGCAGCAGUAAAGCCCAUGCUGGAGAGAAUCAAAGGCUGUGUUUGCCUUUUCUCAGAGCUGUUUGAUCUUCUUCUCUUACCUUUGCACCUGCUACACGAGAGCUAGGAACAGGCAGCUGACAGUGGGGCUUGGGGAAGGAAGAAGAAAUGGGGCUGGACACCCUCCCCGCCCCGCUGAGCCCUGCAAAAUCCAUGGCACAGGGAUCCUCAAGUGGGCUUGGGCAAGACAAAGGUCCUGGCCUAAAUACAGCCCCUGAGCAAAGCAGGUGACCGCAAGGAGGGGUGGCACCGAGGAGAGGAGACACAAGGGGAAAUGAUCCCGAGGAGGGAUGAUCCCAAGGAUUCACACAACUCUUUCCCAGCAGUGUGACGCCAGGUUCCUGCAGGGCACUACAGCAGGAAGCUGUCUUGUAUUUACAUGUAAGAAUGUGAGCCUAAAUCUGACCAGUGAUAUGUCAGCACCAGGAAUUAGUCAUAGACUUGUUUGGGAAAUUACAGCCAACUAGGAAAUAGAAACAACAAAAAAAAAGACGUUUAUUUCUAGCUCUCAUCCCUCCCUCACACAUCCCUCUGGCUCCUUACGACAGAGGAGCAGCCGCCGUGGGGAAGAUGAGCUGCAGCAGGUAUCCCAUGGAUGUGAAGGCUGUGGGCUUCAUGCAGUGCAGAAAACAGAAGAACUACAUGAUGUUUGUGUCCUGGUCAGAUCAGAACAACAUUCUCAUCUACAGGACGUUUGAAGACUUUAAGAAAUUCCAUAAAGAGCUGAAGAGAAAAUUCCCCACGGAGAGUGGGUCACUGAGGAGUUUACCCAGGUUUAAAGGAAUAACUAUGCAGCAGAGGAAGGGUGGGAAGCUGAACAGGUGCCUGGAGAUCCUGAAACUGCUGGAAACGUAUUCCCAGGAGCUGCUGAAGACUGAUGUGAAAAUCUCCCGGGGUGAAGAGGUCAAUCAGUUUUUCAAGGCACAGACUCAAGACCUCGAUCCCUCCUUCCCUGAAAACAGUGUUGUGAUCAUGCCAUCAGUAUUCAGAAGGGAGAAGAGCCCCCAGCCCCUGUCCAUCACCCUCCCUCAGGCGUCGCAGAGCUACCGCUGCAUCGAGGCCUUCGAAACCAAAGACACAAAGAACAAACCCUUCACAGUGGCUCAGAAGGAGAUUGUGGAAGUGCUCAUCAAGGACAUGACUGGCUGGUGGCUGGUGGAAAAUGCAGACAAGCAGAUAGCCUGGUUCCCAGCCUCGUACCUGGAAGAGCUCGAUGCCUGUGAGGACAUCCAGAAUGCCUUCAGCUCAAACGAGGAGGGCAGCCUGUACUUUGUGGUGCAGGCCUACGAGGCUCAGAAGGCAGACGAGCUCUCGCUGAACCAGGGGGUGGUCGUGGAGGUGCUCAGGACAUCCCACGACGGCUGGUGGCUGAUCCGGUACAACGGCUGCACCGGCUACAUGCCCUCGCUGUGCCUCCGGCCCUACCAGAACCCUCACCACAAGCUCCAGACCAUGCUGAGCUGCGGGCUCAGGGCCUGCAGCCCGAGCCUCUGCUCCCCGCAGCCGCGGGGCCCGGCCCGGCAGCAGCACGGCAGAUCCCGCUCUCUGCCCCGGGCCAGCUCCACCCCGCAGCUGGAUUUGGAUUUGCAUUUGGAUUUGGAUUUGGAUUUGGACAGCUCCUCGCUGAGCUCGGGCAGCAGCAGCAGCGCCGGGGACGCCCGGCUGGCCUGGAAAGCCGACUUGUCGCGGUCCCUGCCCGAGGUGGAGCCGGCCCGGAGCUCUCCUGGCCCGAGCCGCGGGCACGGCAGCAAAUCCCCGCAGCUCAGUGCGAGCGACAGGAACGACUCCGGCUUCGUGGAGAGCUCCGCGGCCGAGCUGCCCCUCGCUGAGCCGGAGCUGGCCGCGGGUGUCCCCAGGGUGCCAGCCCGGCCCUCAGCGCAGGAGAUCCUGCAGCGGUGCAGCACCGUCACCAAGCGCGCCCUGCAGCGCUCGGCUCCCCGGCCCGGCCUCCCGGUCCCCAGCCGCUCCCCGGCCGGCAGCAGUGGCCCUGGGGAGGAGGGGACACGGGGACAGCCCUGACACCCCGCUCGCUGCAGUCCCCUGGGAGCCGUGGGCAGCGGCUCCGGAGCAGUCAGGUUUGGGACUGUCCCUUCCUGAGGGACACACACACACCCAUCAUCUGUGGAGAGUCAGGUUUGGGAUUGUCCCUUCCCGAGGGACACACAACACAUCCA